AUGGCUUCAACCGGGCUCCGAUUUGGCCUAGUCAUGGUCGCCGUGGCACUGACGUACACCGCCGGCAUUACAGCGCAGUCAUCGUCGGGCUGCACCACCGCCUUGAUCGGGCUAUCUCCUUGCCUGAACUACAUCUCGGGGAACACCUCCAGACCGUCGAGCUCCUGCUGCUCGCAGCUCGGCAGCGUCGUGUCGUCGCAGCCGCAGUGCCUGUGCCAGCUGGUCAACGGCGGCGGGUCGUCGCUCGGCAUCACCAUCAACCAGACCCGCGCUCUCGGCCUCCCCUCCGCUUGUAGGGUCCAGACCCCGCCCGUCAGCCGCUGCAAUGGAGGAAAUGCACCGUCGGGUUCGCCUGCGUCGGGAGGAGGGAGUCCACCGUCAGAUUCAUCCAACGGCAACCCCGGGACACCCGCCGGCGGGUCGACCCCAAACACGCCCUCAGACGACGGUGGUUCUGAUAACACGGUCCCGACGACGAUUGGGACAUCCGGUGGCGGGAGGAUGGAGCUGCAUGUGACGCUUUUCAUAGUGCUUGUUGCUUCAUCGUUUGCCUGGUUGUGA